AUGUCGGACGACAAUAUCAGCGAUAAGCAGGAGGCUUCCACCAUCGAGAUGCUACGCCGCAUCCAGACAGCGGAGAGUGUCCUGCUCCCUAUCCCACGCGAUGCAUUCGAGAAGCUCUAUCUGAGUCCUAAGAUUCCGACUGCGGGUAAUCUGCGACGCACCUUCGGUAACCCGACGCCGAUUUCGUUGAUGGGUUUCUUGCUUGCUGCGACACCUGCGGCGAUGUUGACGAUGGGGUGGAGGGGGGCCGGUGGCAAUGGCGGUGCUAUCUUACCGGUGUAUAUCUUCUUUGGAGGCAUGGUUCAGAUCUUCGGAGCAGUGGGCGAAUGGAUCAUUGGGAAUACCUUCUCCUGCGCUCUGUUCUUCACCUAUGGAACUUUUUGGAUCGUUCAGGGUACGAGUAAUAUGCCCUUCUUCGCUGUUGGGACCAAUUACUCGCCAACGGGAAAUUCAUUGGAGGGAAUGACCACGCCUGAGUAUAGUGCCACCGUCGGAUUAUACUACGUUAUUCUUGCCGUCCUAACCUCCGUCUACCUCAUUUGCUCCCUUCGAACCAACAUCUGCCUUUUCCUAGCCCUAUUUCUCCUUGUCGUUACCUUCUCUCUGACGGCUGCUACUUUCUUCCAAACCGCGCUGGGCAAUGCUGUUCAAGCUGCUAAGCUUCAAAAGGCGGCCGGUGCAUUCAAUUUUGCUUUGUGUAUACCCAUCUGGCAUAUCUUUGUCGCUCAGAUUCUUGAUUCUGUGGAUUUCCCGUUUUCGCUUCCUGUGGGUGAUUUAAGUACUGUUGUGCUUGGGAAAUCUCAAAAGGCGAGGAAACAUGAGGCGGAGAGACAAUGA